AUGGAAAUUCAAUGUCCAUCCGUAACAUUAUCACCUGCACAUUCAGGAGAAUUGUGUUUUAAUCAAGAAGGAUUUUCAAAUAAUAGUAUAAUAUGGAAAGAAAAAUAUGAACAGACAAGGGAAUUAUUGAAAAGUUACAAUUUAUUUUCUGAACAUUUAAUAAAUUAUAGUAUUGAUUUUUAUUUUAACAAGCUAGGAUUUAAUAGAUUUCAUUUUGAAGAAACAAGCCCUGAAUUAAUAAGUAAAGUUGUUGUGUGUAUAAUAACGUCUAAAAUUAAUGAACAAUAUUCUAGCGAUAAAUAUUUUCCUACAUUUGAAGAAACUCAUAAUAACAUUGUUUUUAUAAUGACACGUGUAUUUGCUAAUGACAAUAAAACAAGAUUAAAUUAUAAAAUGGAAAAAAAAAUUGAAGAAAAAUAUUUUAAUUUUAGUGAUAUGUCAAAAGAGUGUUAUAGAUUAAAAAGUUUUAGAUCAGUUCAUUCUGUUUUUGACAAAGAACAUACAUAUGAAGAGCCAUUAAGAACAUAUAUUUUAGAACCACCAACAUAUAAAGAUGAUAUAUUAAAUGAAAAUGAAACUGAUUUAGAAAAAUUAAUGGAUGUUAAUUUUUAUAAGUAUAUAAAAGGAACAAAAUGGGAAGAAAUUUAUUAUGAAUUGAAUAAAGCUGUAAUUCAGGAUUUAACAGGUCAAUAUUUGCAAACCCAUUAUUGUGAAAUAUCAGAAAAUACAUUUUCUUUAACUAUAGCAGUAAAAAGAAAUAAUGUUAUACCUACAAUAUUUUCAUUGAUUGGGGAUUGUUUAAAUAUGCAUAGAUGUUUUUCAUAUUCAAAAUAUGUUGAACCAUUAAAAAAUGGUGUUUUGUUGAUUAUAUUAAAUGUGAAUGCAAUUUUAGAUUCAGAACAAGAGAAAAUGGGAUCUUUAGCAUUAAGAAAUAGAAUAUAUAAAAUUGUGAAAUCUUUAAAAACAUUAUGUUUAUUCAAUGAUCCAAAGUUUAUCCAACUAUCUGUAAAAAGAAUAUUCACUGCUGAAGAAUCUGCAUAUUUAUUUAUAGUUAUAAAAUUUAUUGCAUUUUUUUCAACAAAUUCUUUUUCUAGUUAUAAGAAUGUUGAAAACGCAUUAAAUCUGAAAGGGUCAGGAUCUAGUAAUUUAGGAACUGGAAUCAUGAAUGAUUUUUACAUAAUAAAAGAAAAAUUAAAAAGUUCCAAAUAUACAAAAGAUGAAAUAUUAAACUGUGCAGUAAAUAAUCCAAGAACAAUAAAAUUGUUGUUUCUUAAUUUUGAAAGAAAAUUAAAUAAAAAUAAUAAAUCAAAAAUUCAACAAAGAUUUUUUAGUAAUGGAACAAAUAAUGAAACUUUAAAUUUCGAUGAGUAUAAAGAUAGUAAAGAUAUAAUAGAUGAAAUCGAAGAUAAUCAUUAUAAAAAUAUUUUACAAUAUUUUUAUAUGUUUGAAAAAUAUGCAGUUAAAACCAAUUUUUUCCUUUCACAUAAAAUUAGUUUUGCUAUAUCUUUUGAUGGUUCAUUAUUAAAAGAUUCAAUAUAUGAUGCACAACCAUAUUCAAUUAUUAUGAUUUUAGGAUUACAUUUUGUUGGAUUUCAUAUUCGAUUUACUCCGAUUUCAAGAGGAGGAAUAAGAAUUGUUAUAUCAAAUAACACUAACUCUUAUAUGCAUAAUUAUAAUAAUUUAUUUGAUGAAGCAUAUAAUUUAUCAUAUACUCAAAAUUUUAAAAAUAAAGAUAUUCCAGAAGGUGGGAGUAAAGGAAUUAUACUUUUAGAUAUAGAUGUAUGCAAAACAAAACACACAAAACAUAUUAAAAAUCUUGCAUUCUAUUCUUAUGUUAAUUCUAUUUUAGAUCUACUUGUUGAAUCAUCAUAUAAAGGUUCUAAUUCUGUUGCAUCCAAAUUAUCUAUAAUUGGCGACGAUGAUGAUGAUGAUCGUGAUGAUUGUGCUGAUUGUGGCACAAUUGAAGAUGUAGGUAAUUCAAAUAUGGAUCAAGUUCAGAAAAUGGAUCUCACAUCUAAUAAUGUGUAUGGAAUCAGAAGCAAUGAUAUGGAUAAAAGAGAAAAUAAUAAGAAUGAAAAUGAAGUUUUAAAAUCAGAAUUCCAAUCAAAAAUUGAAUUUUCAUUUGGUAGUAGAACUACAGAAGAUGUUGUGAACAAAGUGAUGAAUUCAAAAGAUGGCGAAAAUGAAAAUUCGAUAUUUUUAAAACAAAUAGAAAAAGAACAAUGCGAAAAAAAUGGGAAAAAUAUACAAAAUGCAAAUCAAGAAGAUUUAAUAUUUUUAGGUCCUGAUGAAAAUACAGGAUCAGAUCAACUAAUGGAUUGGGCUUGUAUAAUGGCAAAAAAACGAAACUAUUUUUAUUGGAAAACAUUUUCAACUGGUAAACUUCGAAAAAACGGAGGAGUCCCUCAUGAUUAUUAUGGAAUGACAACACUUGGUAUAGAAACAUAUAUUAAAAAAUUGUGUGAAAAAUUAAAUAUAAAUGAAGAAAAUAUUAGUAGAUCUUUAGUUGGUGGUCCUGAUGGUGAUUUAGGAAGUAAUGCUAUAUUUCAGUCAAAAACAAAAAUAAUUUCCAUUAUAGAUGGAUCUGGUGUAUUAUAUGAUAAAAAUGGAUUAAAUAAAGAAGAAUUAAUUAGAUUAGCAAAAUUAAGAUUUGAUAAAAUGAAUACAUCUUGUAUAUUAUAUAAUGAAAAAUAUUUAUCUGAAUUAGGAUUUAAAAUUUCUAUUGAAGAUCAUAAUGUACAAAUUUUUGAUCAAGUAAUAAAAAGUGGGUUAGAAUGUCGUAAUACUUUUUUUCUGAACCCGUUAAAUUCUUGUGAAUUAUUUAAUCCUUGUGGUGGUAGACCCCAUUCAAUAAAUAUUUUUAAUGUGAAUAAUAUUAUAAUAAAUGGUGAAUGUAUUUAUAAAUAUAUUGUUGAAGGAGCUAAUGUAUUUAUUUCUGAUGAAGCACGAUCAAUUUUAGAAAAUAAAAAUGUUAUUUUAUUUAAAGAUGCAUCCACAAAUAAAGGUGGUGUUAUUUCAAGUAGUUUAGAAGUGUUAGUUGGGCUUGUAUUAAGUGAUAAACAAUUUAUCGAAUUAAUGUGUUCAGAAAAUAGUGAUUUGCUUUUAGAAGAAAAAGAUCAAAUAAAAAUAUGUUCUUUACAGGAUGGAAAAAAUACUACUAUUGAAUUUAAUAAUAAAUCAUCAGAUAAGGAUGAUGAUGAAGUUUCAGAAUUUUAUAAAGAAUAUGUUAAAGAAAUUCAUAAAAAAAUUGUUUAUUAUUGUGAACAAGAAUUUGAAUGUCUUUGGAAAGAAACAAGACGAACUAAAACCCCAAUAUCACAAGCUACUAAUAUAUUAUCUAAAAAAAUUAGUGAAUUAAAAAGAGAUAUUCUUGGUUCAGAUGCAUUAUGUAAAGAUUAUAAAUUAUUUAAACGUGUGCUUAGUGAAGUAAUACCGACAACUAUUUUAAAGAUUGUACCAUUUGACCAAAUUGUUAAAAAGGUUCCGUAUAUUUAUUUAAAAUCUUUGUUUGCUUCAGCUCUUGCUUCUAAUUAUUAUUAUUCUCAACAAUUUCUAAACGAUCUUUCCGCUUUUAAUUUUUUCGAAUAUGUUCGAAAUUUGCAGAAUCUUUGUGAUGAAUAA